AUGUGGGACCUCCAUCCUUCAGACGUCCCUGAUGUAAUAUCCAAAUGUAUGAGUCGUCCUGACGUUUCUAUUGACCGGACAGUCGCAUUGACCCUAUCCUUCCAUUAUGCAGGCAGCCUACGGCGGGCUGGUCCAUCCAUUCAUCGUUUCCAAGCCGUUGCGCGUGGUAACGUGUCCGAAAAGUCCGUCUCUUUCGGACAGCCUCCAUCACACGACUAG